GCCAAGGUAUGAGAAAAAUUCAAUUCAUUGAUAAUCUGUUCCCUCCGUUUAGUAAUCCGUACCCUCAAUUUAGUAAACUGUACCCUCAGUUUAGUAAACUGUACCCUCAGUUUAGUAAUCCGUACCCUCAAUUUAGUAAACUGUACCCUCAGUUUAGUAAUCUGUACCCUCAGUUUAGUAAUCCGUACCCUCAGUUUAGUAAACUGUACCCUCAGUUUAGUAAUCCGUACCCUCAGUUUAGUAAUCCGUACCCUCAGUUUAGUAAACUGUACCCUCAGUUUAGUAAUCCGUACCCUCAGUUUAGUAAACUGUACCCUCAGUUUAGUAAUCCGUACCCUCAGUUUAACAAAUGUCUGGGGCUCCGUAUACCUACGUAUAUCUGUCAAGUGAAGUAAGUUCUCUUUGGAUGUUAUAUUCUUACUGGUGUGAAUUCUGUGAAUAAAUUGUCAUGUCGUGAUAUAUCCUACAUCCCAUUUUUUCAACUGAAAGGCAAUAUUGCUGUAGUUCGAGGGGGUUGAUCAUUAUAUAGCAGUACUAGCAGGACCGGCUACAAUUAGCCUGCGUGUUUCCUUUCACUUUCCGUGCUUUUAAGCAUUCGCUUGCUGCAAUCACGCUAUCAUGAUAACCUUCUUAUCACCGAUAUGUUGACGUAAGUGUAGUUUCUUUUCUGGCACAUAGCGGCCACCAAAGGGGUCCUAGUUGAGUUGAGUUCUCGCCGCAGAAGUGGAAGUUCGCAGACAGACAAAUGCGUCUGUGAUGGAUCAAGCAAUGAUGGAUUCAAAUUUUCGAAAAUUCCUUCAAGAGCAAAGAAGGUUAGAUGAUAAUGUCAUUGCCACCUUUAUUGAAGAGAAGAUUGAUUGCUACGCUGUCCAUGCAAUGACAAAUCAGCAGCUGACAGAAUAUGUUCCCAAAAUUGGAGACCGAAUUGCAAUACGUCAGUACUGCAGAAGAGAAGUGGUUGUGUUUGAAGGAACCAACACAACCAUAUCCAAAGCAACUGAAUCUUUGAUUUCAAAAAUUAAACAAAAGCGGGGAUCCAACAAUGGCCUUACAGAUGAGCGUGUGAAAAAACUUUCUGGCAAUUCUAAUGCCUCAAAAGAACAACGCAAUUAUCAAAUGGGCCAAUUUGAAGAGUAUCAUGGCAGAUUUGUGCAGGUGAGACAGAGAAGAGGGGGAGGCACAAGACAUUUAAAGGCCCCAAAGAAUACAACAAUGUCAGAAUUAAUAGAAAUAGGCAAAACACUAUUUUUUCCAGAUGGAAAAUCAAAACUAGGCGGGGAAAGUGAUUUCGAAUUUACAAUGCGAGACUUCACCGAAGAAAUGCUUGAGCCACAAACAACUUUAGGUGAGCAGUAUGAAAAGCGAAAGGUGAAAACAUUACGACUUUAUUUGUCAUGCAAAAAGGUAUCUUCUAAUAAUGACCAUGGAAAUGUUCUUCAUGAACCACAUGACACCUGUUCUGAGAGUUUGACUGCGUUGGAGGGAACAGCUAAUGUGCUUACCUUGGACAGCGAAAUUGUGGGAGCGACAUACCUUUGCUGAUUAUGCCACUUAUGAUGUUGAUGACCCCCUCGACGACACCGGAGCUCUUAGAAGUGGAAAAUUCACCUCCAACCCAAGAAUCUCAUCCACUUAAAGUAACAAAGCUUAAGAUGCACAGGGGAAAUGUUUUCACUGAGUUGAAUAUGGCCUUUCAAAAUGGCAGUGUAUCUGUUGAUGAACUGCUGGUGGAGAUCGAAAUGGUCCAACCCAAUGGUUCAAUGGAAAAAGGAGAAGACAAUGGUGGUUUGUUACGCGAUGCAUUAAGUGAGUACUGGGAGACAUUCUUCACUAAAUGCACCCAUGGAGGCACAAUGAAGAUACCGAUGACACGACAUGACAUGAAAGACGAAUGGGUUAACAUAGCUAAAGUCAUGGUCCUGGGAUACAACACGGUUCAGUAUUUUCCCAUAGCAUUGGCCAAGCCCUUUAUUUUGUAUUGUCUCGGCCUUGAACUGAUGGAGAAGGACCUGCUUUUGGCAUUUUUAGACACAAUUCCCUCUGAAGAAAAGGAAGUGGCUGAACAAGCAAUGAAUGAUUUUCUGUCUGUCGCUGGAUCUGAGGAGUGGAUAGAUUUCCUUGACACUCAUGAGGUUAAAGUUGUUGUCAAUAAGGGGAAUGUGAAGAAAACUUUGAUUGAGGUGGCACAUAAAGAACUUUUUCAAUUCAACAUAAAGAACGUUCAAGAUCCUGCAUAUAUUGCAGAGUGUUGCUCCAGUGUACUGAAGGAACUAAAAUUACCACUAGGAGGACUGGAUGAAGUAUAUGCUGGCCUUACCCCGACACCAAGAAGAGUAAUCAACAUGUUACAGCAUGAAAGCCUCAACAUGAAGGAAAUGCAGAGUUUUGAAUAUCUGAAAAAAUUCAUCAGGAGUUGCAAUGAACGUCAGCUGAGGAAACUUCUUCGUUUUUGUACAGGUGCAGAUCUUUUAGUUGCUCAGAAGAUCUAUGUGCGAUUCUUCGAGCCAGAGAACACAUUUACAAGGAGACCAAUGUCACAUACGUGUGGCUGUGUUCUGGAGUUGCCCAACAACUAUGGGUCCUACCCUGAGUUGGCAGAGGAGUUUGAUAGUAUACUUAAUGCAAACAUGUGGGUGAUGGACAUAAUUUAGUUUUCAUUGUAACACAACAUCUUUGUUCCCCUAUCUAUCUGAAGGAUAGCAAGUUAAGCCAGCUGUUCUUUUAGCUGUAUUUUAAUUUAAAUAGUUAAAAACCUGUUGCAUUUGAUGGACAGUUUGGUAGCUACCUUGUCCAGAAUGUGUUUUGGGGUCUUUUAUAAUGUACUGUGGAAUGAUCAGAUUAUUAUUUUUGGCUGAUUAUGCACUUUUAUGUGGUACAUUGUUAUAUACACUUGCGCUGAAAGUUGGGUCAAACAC